UAAUAUAAAAAAUAAAUUAUAUCGUCACCUAUUAAAAUGAUUAUGGAACGUUAAAGGAAUAAUAUAUGUUUGUUACAAAAUAUAUCAUUAAUAUUGAUACUUCUUGUUACUUAGAUUCAUUAUUCAAAAUGCUAACACAUUUGAAUUUGAUAUUUGAAAUUUGUCGACGUUAGUAGAUUAAAUAUAUGGGAUAGUCAUUUCACACUAUGCAUACUUAGUGUGAAAGAUGAUGAGUUACGUCACUUGAUAUAUUCACUGAUUGCGAGUGGCUUGAGAACAUUUUUCUUUUGAUAUUCAUGGUGGACAGACGCGAUGAAAUAAGUUUAUUUGAAUAUAAAGAAGUACUUCUAAACGGAUCGUAAGAAAUAAGCAAAGAAUUAAGUGCGAUCUACAAUAUUGUAAAGAUUGCAAUAUCUGUUACGACAGCCAAUCAGAAGCAAUAGUAGCAAGAUGGGCAUGAAAAUAAUAAUAUGUUUUGUAAGUUUCCUUGUAAUUCGGCAUGUUUUGACUUCGAAAGCAGAAAUAAAUAUUGCAGACAAUUCUAAUGAUUAUGAUAAUAAGACAAGACACAUUGACGUAACUUGGUACGGCUUUAUACUUAUUGCGGGCAUAAUAACAGGUGCAAUAUGGUCAAAUGAUCUAAGACAAUUAUACAAUCGAUGCGCUAAUUUAACAUUUAUAUUGUUUGUGAUUAUGGCUUAUAUAAUUUAUUUACUCCGAAAAAAUAAUUUGGAACUGCAACAAAAAUAUAAAAAUUAAUUGAGGUAUAAAUGAUUAGAAAAUAAUGUAAUAUGUAGGAUGUAUCUAAGAAUCUAAGAGAUCAUCAAUUAUAAAGAAACUAUGAAAUAAUCAUAUUGUUUCAAAUCAUUUUACUAUACCUACAUACAUAGUAAUUCCAUUCUUUUAUCAUUUUUUAAAUAAUUUCAACAAUUUUAUUUUGUGCAGAAAUCUAUUGUUUACUUUUUAAUCAAGAUUAUUUUUGAACAAAUUAAUGCGUUUAUUAUUCCGAUAAAAUUAUAAAUCUAUCACAAUGCACUAUAACAAUAAUUGUUAA